AAAAUCAAUUUUUCCAAAAAAUGAAAUUAUUUUCCUCAAAUGUGUUUGAAGUUUGUAAAAACCUGAGAAUUUAAGUUGAAUUAUCGCUCAAAAACCAUCGCUACACUCGUAAAAUUCUUUUAAAAUUUACUUCACCAUCGAAAGGAUGUUCGUGACACUCAUUUCGUCUUAAUUAUCGAUACUUGUGUUCGCUUUGAAUGCUGCAAUGUCGUGGCUAAAUUACCGUAACAUCAAAGCUGCCCGGCUUUUGUACUUAUCCUGCGGCAAUAAAUUCUAUUCUACUGUAUCUCGAAGCUCAAUAUUCUCACAACAGACCAGCUGCUACACUUGCCUGAAAUUAGGAUCCGUUACAGGAUUACUUCAAUUCCCUAAGUAUAAAUUUUAUUCCACGGAGAAGCCGGAUCAAAAUCAAGCCAACAGUUCAACCGCUGAAGAUCUCGAAGAUCAGGAGAAAAGAGCUAAGGCAUGGAGACGUAUGAAGUUCAGUUUAAUAGCUUUAGGUGCAUUUGUCACCUUCAUGGGUGGUUAUUCCUUUUACGUCUUUGGAUCUCCUCAUAGAGACGAGAUUGGUAACAUAGUUCCAGAUCAGUUCAGUCAUUUACCACCGGUUAUGCAAUGGUGGAGAAGGUUCAAGUUCAGUAUACAAUAUUACAAAAAAGUAAUUCAAGAGCCAUCUUUUUCAAAACUUCUUCCUGAUCCAGUAAAAUAUCCUUAUAUUCAGCCACCAUACACUUUAGUUUUAGAAAUGACUGAUUUAUUGGUGCAUCCGGAUUGGACUUACAAAACCGGAUGGAGAUUCAAGAAACGUCCCAACGUUGAUAAUUUCCUAGAACAAGUCGCUCCUCCAUUAUUCGAAGUAGUAAUAUUUACCGCAGAACAAGCCUUUACAAUGAACCACAUCGUACAACAGUUGAACAAGAAUGGAUCAAUCGUAUACAUGUUGUUCAGAGAUUCGACCGAUUUCAUCGAAGGCCAUCACGUAAAGAACUUAGAUUGGUUGAAUCGUGAUUUAAGUAAAGUAAUCGUAGUCGAUUGGAAUCCAGAAUCGGUGAAAUUGCAACCGAAUAAUGCUCUAGUUAUUUCUCGAUGGCACGGUAACGACGAUGAUCAAACGUUAUCUGAUUUAGCCUCGUUUUUAAAAGCCAUCGCUUAUAGCAAAGUCGACGACGUGCGAGAUGUUUUAGAAUAUUAUAGACAAUUCGAUGAUCCUUUAGCAGCAUUUAGAGAAAAUCAACGCAAAUUACAAGAGCAAAUGGAAGAGCAAGAACGAGCAGAACAAGCGAAAAAACAGCGUCCUCCGCUGACCCAAAAAUUCGCCAUGUCUCAAUUCAAAAGAUGAGAAUUUUAUAUCGUGUUUUAUUGUACUAGUCUGUGUUUCUUUUUUGUUUGUGGGAAUUUAAUAGCUGUCGUGUGUAUAUAAUUGACGCUGAUGUCCUUUGUCUCUUCUAUCGUUUUUUUCAUGAUGUAUUGAUUUCGUAUUCUGUAAGAAUAAAUGGUUGAACCAGUAGAAAUGAGUCGAAAAUAUUUUAAGGAUUUCUCGAAUUAAAAUUUUUUAAAAUUAAAA